AUGAAGCCUCAAAUCCCAACUCUCAUCCUCGGAUUCUGCACUUCUGUCCUCGCCCUCCCUGUCGGAGACCCCCAAAACGAAAACUUAGCUAGGUCAGUGCCGUCACCCAAGCAACAAGGCAUUCCCCAUCCGUCGAAGAGCACACCGCUCCACAAGAGACAGACAGAUGGAAAGACGAACGUCCAGUUCAUCCCGGGUUCUGGUGGAGAGGACGGCCCAUUCUCGGGCGCUGGACUCCCGGACAUGGGUGAAUUCCCUGAAAUUGGCGGUGAAUUCCCUGGAUUCGGCGACUUCCCUGGCUUUGGCGAAUCUCCUAACCAUAAAUAUUCUGAGUCCGAUGAUGCCAAGGAGAACGAGAGUCGCGAAGGAAUGGAAUUUGAGAUGCCUGAUCUGGGAGACGUGAUUCAUAUGCCGGGUGAUUCUCAAGAUUCUGAUGGUUCCCAUUUUCCUGUCCCGUUUCCUGGAUUGCCGGGUGAUUCUCAAGAUUCUAAUGGUUUCCCUUUUCCUUUCCCGUUUCCUGGAUUGCCGGGUGAAAAUGAGACUGAGCCUAUGACCCAUGGAGCGAAAGGUUCUGGUAGAUUUGUGACGGGUAGACAUUGA